UUGACAGCAAAUUUAAUUUCAAUACUGUCAUAUCUUUAAUUUUCUAAUGGAGGAUUUAAUCUUUUUAUUCUGCAUUUAAUUAAAAGACGUCUUACCCUAUCGUUUCACAUUUUAUAAGUUUACAGUCUGGAAGUUUGGUGCGCGAAAUCGUAAAAUUUGUUAAGAGAAACGUUGAUACCGUGCAUACUGACAAUCGUUUAGCGGUAAGUAGUUUUACUAAUUUAAGGUUACGGACAAGUCAUCCUUUAUUAAUAUUGCACUUCGCUCAACGUUUGUAGAUAACGUUGUGCAAUAAAUAGAUCACAAAAAAAGUUUAAAGUACAAGUAGAAAAUGUCUGGACUUUGGAUACACAGUGAACGACUCUCUAUAAUUAUAAGUCCAUAGGAUCAAAUAAUUCGUUUAAUUUGUAGAGAGUUAGAAUUAUAGGCUCGUCUGACGUUUUAUAACAGACCAUUAUAAUAAUGGAGUUGAAUUACAACUGUAUAUAAAUAAACAACAUGUGCUUGAUAUAAUGUGAACUAUCCUCUAAACAAUAAAGCUGUCAUUUAUGGAAACCUUUCAACAUCUAAUUUUUUUCGCCAAAAUUAAUUGCAAAAUAUCACAAACGGUUGUAUUUCCUAUGAAAUAUUAAAUGUACCAUUUGCCAACUGCGAGUUUAAAAUUUUGGGUGAUACUUUUGUAUUUUUACGCCCAACUUGGAAGAAUAUAUGCAUAUAGCAGGAAUGUUGAAACACUUCCUACGUUCUACCUAAAAAGAGUGUUAGAAAAAAAAGGAACGUGUUUAUAGUGAUUAGAAUUUUUAACUUAUUGUAAUCUACAGUGGACAUGGUGUAGUGGUAGCGAAUUCGAAUUAUUAUCUUAAAUCUGAAGGUCACGCUUCUGCUUCUGUCGAGGAAACGAGUUAGAACAUUAUUAUAACCUUCUGUGGUAACGUAGUCACAGUCAGAGAUAAGGAGGAACAUGCUGUUUAGAUGAUAUCCAAAAAAGCGCAGACAGAGAGUAUUUGGUUUUUGUCUUUUUAGAAAUCGAAUAAAAACUGAGAACAUAAUGCAGACAAUGUUUUGAACUUUCUAGUUUAUCAUAUAUUCCACCAAAAUCUUUAUACAUUGUUCAAGUAAGCUUUAACUGUCCUUAGUUUCAAAUACUAGUUAUUUUUAACCUAAUUUCGCCCCCUCUCCUUAACUGCCCUCUUAAUAUUCCCCCAUUACUUGUCAAGUAUACCGUUUUAGGGAUUAGAAAUUGGAGACUUUUAAUCAUUUUAGUUUGCUCCCGAGAGUCUAACAAAUUUUGGUGUAAUAUCACGUUUGUCUUGUCUCAUCGAUCUAGAGGACAGACGUAACAUUACACGAGAAAAAAAAACACACAAAUUUUUUUUAUUUCCUUAAUUAUCCUUAUUAAGAGUUCAUAUUAUAGCCUUUUUAUGCGUUAAUCAGGUUAUUUUACAGAUUUAAGUCGUUUGAAAGUCUUUUUAUUCCAAAGUUUAUGUUCCACAGAUUUACCCCUUUAUAUUCUCAAAUAUAUGACGACAUCAUCUUUAACUAACUGGCAUCACCCAAAUUUUAAAAUUGAGAAAUCGCUGCAAUAAAGAAUUACAACCCAGGUUGGCUUCUACAGAUUAUACAUCAGGACAAAGGGUACAAAUCAAGACAGGAUGAUAAAACAAAGUAGGAAAUGUAUGCAACAUAGAAUCUUUUUUGUCUUAAUUUUAGGGUAAAUCUUAGAUUUAUAACUGAAACAUGCUGCUGGCUCAUAUUUUGAUGACCACCGUUUGUAUAUCAGGAGUUUUAUCCCUGAAAUAUGAAAAGCUUCUGCAUACUAAUCUAUUAGAAGGAAUUAUACUUGAUGUACUUCCGGAACCUAAACACGGAGAGCCUGUAAAAGUGAAGUUCGGUGUUCGAAUACAAAAACUCAUUAAAUUGGACAUGAGAGAACAAGUACUUACCGUCAAUGCUUUCACAAUGAUGAGAUGGAAUGAUGCACAACUUAGAUGGAAUAAAUCCGAAUAUGGCAAUUUAAGAUACGUUACAAUGGGUAGUGACAAAAUUUGGACACCAGAUGUUGUUGUGUACAAUACUGCAGACGAAGAAAGUAAUUCACACACAGACUACUACAGAACCAAAGUUACUAUUUACUCAAAUGGAGACGUAUUAUGGAUUGCACCAGUCACUUGGAAAGUAUCGUGCAGCUUUGAUGUCACCUGGUUUCCUAUUGAUCAGCAAACUUGCAACAUCACGUUUGGUUCCUGGACAUAUACAUUCCAUCAAAUCGAUCUCUCAGCUUGGACACAGAAAGAAGAAGUGAAAGAACAUUUUAUGGUUAAGAAUGGUGAAUGGAGAAUUCUGGAAAAGAGGAUUUACUAUCAAAACAUGACUUUUCCUUGUUGCGAUGAGCCCUUCUCCGCUGUCGUUUAUCAAAUAGUCGUGUCUCGAUUAUCCCUCUACUAUUUUAUGUAUAUUUUACUUCCAUUGAUCUCGCUUGCGUUCCUCUUUCUGAUGGUGUUUUACAUACCAUACGACACGGAACGAAUGGGUUUCGGCGUGACCGUGCUCCUCAGUAUCACAGUGUAUCUUCUGGUGAUAUCAGAAGAACUACCGGAAAAAUCGGAUGAUAAAUCAAUGCUUGGACUUUGUUUUAUUAUCGAAUUUUAUAUGUUGUGUGCAGCACUAGGACUUUCUCUUUUAACUAACAAUUUGUCAAGAAAGACUACAGAACCUCCUGAGCUGGUCAUAGAAAUAUACAACAAGCUGCGUAGAAAGCCAACCGAAAAAUCUAAAGAACCCGAGAUGGAACUAGAGGUUUUGCAUCCAAAUAAUACCAACCACAAAGAGUCAGAAGAGAAAAGCUUCAACGAACAAUGGGUUGACAUUGCGCUAACACUGGAUAAAUUUUUCUUGAUUUCUCUCAGCGUCGUGAUGUUCAUAAUACCUAUUAUUGUUUGUCUUAGUCUGGACAGUAGUGGACUUGGCACUGGAUAAUAAAGGAAAACUAUUGUUUCGUGUCCAUAGUGACAUCAAAACUUACUCAUCACAUGUAACACGUAGGAAUUGUUAGGUGUGGAAUAAACGAUCAGUUUAAAAUCCAAAUGUUUUAUAUUCCAAUUAUUCAUAAUUUAAGUAAUACCAAAUUUUACACGCAGAAGUUUUCAAAACAACCGAGACUAACAUAUUAAAUACAUAAACAAUAGUAUGUGCUUUUCAAAUACAAAAUUUACCGAUAUUAAUAAGUUUUGAGGUUAGAAAAAUUAUAAAAGCUGUGCCCAACAGCUGGCCUAGUUAAGACGCACGCCUUAGUAAAGCUUGACCC